UGCAUUUCUUAAAAGAAUCUUCAUCUUUCCCCACCCUUAGAUUAGGUAAUAAAGUGGGUUCCUUGAUUGCCACUCCAAACUGAUGUGAAGAAUUCCUUAAGACUUAUACAUACAGAUACAAACCACCUUUCCCCACCCUCCAAUACUAUAAACUUCAUUUACAAUGCCCUUCAACUUCAAGCCUUCUCUUCAAUCAUAAUUCUACUCUCCUACCUUCACCCUCUCUUUCACUCUUUUUUUUGCAUGUAUACUAUAUAUUCAUUAUAAUACAACUGUUUCAUUAACACUUACAUAAAAAACCUUCAAAAAUCCACAAGAAAAUAAUGGCAACUUACAUGGUAGAAUCUGACCAUGGUUGUGGCUUCAUUGGCGGAUUAUUUCAACGCCGGAGUCUAAACCUUUGCGCUCGACGAUCCUCUGUCCGUUCUUUACCUUCAACUGUAAGCAACAAAGAUAGUACAAUAGAGAAGAAAGAACAGAGCAACUCUGCUGUUGAAACUCCAAAAUGUAAACCUGAAAAAGUUGUAAGCCAAAAACAGAUUACCACAACUGUUGUUAAGCCUAGUUUGGAAAGUCCAAGAGCAUCAGUAGUUUCACAAAAUCAUAAUCAAAGUAGAAGGUUAUCAGAUGCUGCAAGAAUCUCCACUACAUCAUCAUCUUCGUCGUCUGCAAACAGAAUUCAGGAAAAACAGCUGUCGUCCAGUGAUCAAAGUGAUGGUGAUCAUCCCCUCAACAGUGGAACUCCUCGAGCUGCUACGCCGUCAGGAAACAUACUGCAGUUGGCUCAAAUCAAUAGCUUGAGACAGAAAUGUGGUGUUUCUCCUGGUAACACUAUUAAUAUUAAUAAGACUGGAGAAUUUAAUAUGAGUACCAUGGGAAAUAUACUGAGGAGAAGUAGUACAGAUGAAACAAGGCUUCAGAAUACUGCAAUGUGUAAAUUGGACCCUGAAGAGUUAAAAUCAUUGGGAAAUGAUAAGUAUAAGCAGGGUAAAUACGAGGAAGCGUUGGGGUUAUAUGAUCAAGCAAUCGCAAUCGAUUCAAGUGUAGCAGCUUAUCGAAGUAAUAAAACUGCAGCUUUGACAGCCCUUGGUAGGCUCCUAGAGGCAGUUUUCGAGUGUAAGGAAGCUGUCAGAAUCGAUCCUUCGUAUCAACGAGCUCAUCAUCGUCUUGCAACUCUUUAUUUUAGAUUGGGAUAUGCAGAGGAAGCCGUCCAACAUUUUCGUCUUUCAGGAAACACAGCAAGUUUAACAGAUAUAACUCAAGCCAAAGCUCUUGAAGCUUGCCUUAGUAGAUGUAAUGAAGCUAAGGAUUCUAAGAACUGGGAAACUUUGUUAAGGCAGACCGGCGAUGCAUUAGUUAUUGGUGCCAAUUCUUCCUUACAGAUCUACGCGCUUCAAAGUCAAGCCUUACUGAAUCUUCGCAGGAACGAUGAAGCCUAUGCAGCUUUUAAGAGGGCACCUUCUUUUGACAUGGAAUUUUACACUCGGUUAUUUGGCGAAGCAAAAACCAGCUGUCUAUACUUGAUAAAAGCACAAGUGUAUAUGGCAACAGGCAGAUUUGAAGAUGCAAUUACAGCAGCUCAGAAAGCAUCACAAAUGAAUCCAUCGGACAAGAAUGCAAGGACAAUGGUAAUAAGAACUCGGUCUGUGGCAGUCGCAAGGCUAAAAGGAAAUAAGCUGUUCAAGGAGCUCAAAUUUUCAGAAGCUUGCAGCAUAUAUAGUGAAGGACUAGAGUAUGAUCCUUACAACUCUGUGCUUCUAUGCAAUAGAGCAGCAUGUCGGUCUAAGCUAGGCCGAUUCGAGAAAGCUCUGGAAGAUUGUACUUUAGCCCUCAGUCUACAGCCUUCUUAUAGUAAGGCUAGACUAAGGCGCGCACAUUGCAAUGCGAAAAUUGAAAGAUGGGAAGCUUCCAUACAAGAUUAUGAAAUCUUGAUCAGGGAAAAACCAGGGGAUGAGGAAGUAGGCCGUGCAUUGUUCGAGGCUCGAGUUAAACUCAAAAAACAACGCGGCGAAGAUGUGAAGCAUAUGAAGUUUGGUUCUGAUGUGGUUUUAGUAUCUAGCAUUGAGUGUUUCAGGCACUUGAUCACCUCUCCAGGGAUGUCAGUGGUGCUGUUCUGUAGCAAGUCGAAUCAGGAAAAGGCAGUGCCUCUGUUGGAACAAGUUUGUGUGCGGUUUCCAUCCAUCAAUUUUCUUAAGGUGCAAGUGGAAGAUCACCCUUACUUAGCAAAAUCAGAGGAAGUAAACUACAUUCCUGCCUUCAAAAUCUACAAGAAUGGAUCAAGGGUGAAAGAAAUUCCAGGAAACAAUCUUGAGUUGCUACAUAAUUCAGUAAAAAUGUACAGCAGUUAAGUACAUGCAUUACAAAAAUACAAAGUUAGCAACAUAAAAUAAUCAGAGAUGGGGCGGCUAGUUGGUAGCUAAGUCCCCACCUCAGCCGCAACAAUCAAAUUCUAAGCGCACACUCAUUCGUUUUUUUUACCGACACACACAUAAAACAAGCAAGCAAGCGCAGCUCCACUACACGUCUACACGAAAGCAAAGAACUCAACAUGUUUUUGAUUUUUGGCAAAUUUUGAAAUAGUACUUCUACUUUUCUCAACCUUUCUUUUAUUUAUGGGCUUAAUUAGGCAUAAUUAUAUGAUGAUUUAGCACUAAGUCCAGGUGUUAUUAUGGUAAGGAAAGAGUGUUUCUUAAUUUAGAUUGAGAUCAGAGUGUAAUUAGUGAUUUAAUUAGUGUGUAUGUGUAAUAUAUUGUGCUUAAUUAAGUGGGGAUUGCUUUUCCUUUUCUUU